AUGUCAUUAUUAUUCACCGGGAGUGCUCUUCAGCUCUUCUUACAUAUAAUCUCUCCCGAAGACAAUGAAAAUGAGUACAGGCAUGUGAUAUUACCCCGUGCUAUUGCCGAAUUUCUUCCGCGAAACAAGCUCCUAACAGAAGAAGAAUGGAGAAGUUACGGCCUUAAACAGUCUACUGGAUGGGAGCACUAUAUGAUUCAUUCCCCGGAACCUCAUAUUCUGCUUUUUCGACGAGAAAAGGACUAUCAAAUCAAAUAUCCUACUGAAAAGGGAAAUCAAGUCUGA